ACGUCGGCCUGGCUUCCCUAGCUCGUGAUUGGUCGCUUCCCGCGUCAAACACCGAAACGGGCCCUCAGGGACGGGACAGAUGGAGAGAUGGGUGUCAAUGUUAAGGUGACACAAGCGGCGGCGGUGGUAGCGGCAGCGGCGGCCGACACGUAACCUGCGCAUUGUUCUGGGCGUAAGUGAGGUUGGUGCAUUGUGCGUUCCGCAGAAGAGCGCGGCGACGGUGGCGCUGCUGCUGCUGCUGAGAGGGGAAAUCGCCGCCGUCGCCAUGGAAGAGAAACCGAACGACCAGCUGCUGUGCGACAGCCUCAUUCUCUGGUUGCAGACAUUUAAUACUGCUGAAUCCUGCAGAGAAGUUCAGGACUUAACUAAUGGUGUUGCCAUGGCACAAGUACUUCAUGAAAUUGAUGCUGCCUGGUUUGACAAAGCUUGGCUAAGCCGUAUUAAAGAAGAUGUUGGUGACAACUGGAGAUUAAAGGCUAGCAAUUUGAAGAAGGUGCUUCAAGGAAUUAUGGAUUAUUAUCAUGAGUUUUUGGGCCAGCAGAUUUCAGAAGAUCUCCUUCCUGAUUUAAGCCAGAUAUCUGAACAUUCUGACCCAGUAGAGUUGGGCAGGUUACUGCAGCUCAUUUUAGGCUGUGCAGUCAAUUGUGAAAAGAAACAAGAACAUAUACAAGUUAUAAUGACACUAGAGGAGUCUGUCCAGCAUGUUGUCAUGGCUGCUAUUCAAGAGUUAAUGAGCAAAGAAAUAUUGGGCUUCGUUGCAAGUGACUUACCUGGUGAUCUGGAGCAGCAGCUGAAAAGAGCACUGGAAGAGCUUAAUGAAGUACUAGCAGAAAAAGAAGAACUGAAGCAAAGAUGUCAAGAACUAGACCUGCAGGUGGCUGCCCUUCAAGAAGAAAAGAGCAGUUUGAUGUCUGAAAAUGAGAUCAUGAAUGACCGGUUGGACCAGUUGGAUGGCUCUCUUGAUGAUUCAAAUACUGCAGUUGCAAAAAAGUAUUUCCAUGCACAGUUGCAGCUAGAACAACUACAAGAAGAAAAUUUCAGGCUUGAAACUGCAAAGGAUGAUUAUCGUGUUCACUGUGAAGAACUUGAGAAACAACUGAUUGAGCUUCAACAUCGGAAUGAUGAACUGACAUCUCUGGCAGAAGAAUCUAGGGCCCUGAAAGAUGAAAUUGAUGUUCUUAGGACGGUUGCUGAUAAGACAAAUAAGCUGGAAUCAACUGUUGAGGUGUAUCGUAAAAAAUUAGAAGACCUAAAUGACUUUCGCAGACAGGUGAAAUCUCUUCAGGAAACAAAUAUGAUGUAUAUGCACAAUACAGUUAGCCUAGAGGAAGAGCUAAAGAAAGCAAACGCGGCCCGAGCACAGCUAGAAACGUACAAAAGGCAGGUCCAAGAACUUCAUAACAAACUCUCUGAAGAAUCCAAAAGAGCUGAUACACUGGCAUUUGAACUGAAGCGACUAGAAGAGAAGCAUGAAGCAUUAAUUAAAGAGAAAGAGAGGUUGAUAGUACAGCGUGAUGCACUGAAAGAAACAAAUGAAGAGCUCUGCUGUUCACAAAUGCAGCAGGACCACCUGAAUCAAACAGAUGCAUCUGCUGUCAAAAGUUAUGAAAAUCUUGCUGCUGAAAUUCUGCCUGUUGAAUAUAGAGAAAUGUUCAUUCGGCUACAGCAUGAAAAUAAGAUGCUCCACUUGCAACAAGAAGGGUCUGAAAAUGAACGCAUUGCGGAGCUUCAAGAGAAGCUAGAACAAAAGCAUCGGUCAAUAAACGAAUUAGAGACAGAAAACAGGCUGAGCAAGGAGCGUGUUGGAGAGCUGCAGCAGCAGAUUGAGGACCUCCAGAAAACCUUGCAGGAGCAAGAGUCCAGGACAGAAGGCGAAGGGUCCAGCAAAUUAAAACAGAAGAUAGCAGCACAUAUGGAGAAAUUGAGCGAAGUUCACGAUGAGUUGCAGAAGAAGGAGGCUCUUCUUGCAGACCUCCAGCCAGAUCUAAAUCAAAAUGCACAAAAAAUUGAAGAACUGGAAGCAGCUUUACAUAAGAAAGACGAAGAUAUGAAGUCGAUGGAAGAGCGGUAUAAGAUGUACUUGGAAAAGGCAAGAAGUGUGAUAAAAACAUUGGACCCCAAAUUAAAUCCAGCAUCUGCUGAAAUCAUGUUGUUGAGAAAACAGCUGACAGAAAAAGAUAAAAGAAUUGAAACACUUGAGGGAGAAUGCAAAUUGGCCAAGCUACAUGAUCAUGAAGAAAAAUUAAUUGUGUCUGCAUGGUAUAACAAGAGUUUAGCAUUUCACAAACUGGGCAUGGAAUCCAGACUCAUAAAUGCAACUACUGCCUACAAAGACGCUAGUUCCUGCCUACCUGCACGCUCUUUCCUUGCACAGCAACGGCACGUGACCAAUACCCGAAGGAACCUCUCUGUUAAAGUACCUCCUGCAGCAUCAGAUUAAACCACAGAAGAUAUGCAUGCACUAAAGUGUCCUUAACCUAUUUUGUACCUUCUGUUUUAAACUACCUGACAAGGAAUGAGAUUGUGAUGCUGGGCAUCAGCUAUUUUCCAUGUGAGACCCCAUAUGCUGGUAAAUUUACGUUGGUCAGCUGAUUAUAAGAAGCGAUGCUCAUCUAAUGACUUUUUCUAGGUAGAAUUGAGGUAUCUGUUGAUAAGCACAACUCUUAAAAAGUUUAUAUUUGCUGUCAUUAUGUAUUGUGUAUUAAAAAUACCACAAUUGGCAUCAUAUUUAAAAUUCUAUUUAAUGUUUCAGUUUAGGAUGAUCACUGAUUUUUAUAAAAAACAUUACAGCACAGAAAAGUGUCCCCACCCCAGUUCUUUCUGUUAACUUUACAAAACAACAAUGACCAAACUGGAAACACUAUAUUGUUCAGCAUUCAUGGCAUGAGGGUGUUUGGCCUCUUAGCAAAAUAUAGCGGAAGUGAACCACUAGCUUCAUGAUUUGUUUUCUAAGGCUGUAGUACCCUGAUGUCAGUUCAAGCCCUGUUGAGAUCUAAUUCAAUAGGAAGGGUGAUUAGUCUGUAAUAACUACUGAUUAUAGAUUUCCCAAAUUCAGGAAAGCCCAAAUCUGUGUUGUUGAACUGAAUCAACGAUGCCUUUAAAAACAAAAAACCUUAAUAUGUAAAAUUUCAACAUUUUUGAAAGUUGCAAAACUAAUCUUAAGUCUUUUCUAUAGGCUUCUGGCUCUGGCCAUUGGACACCUGACUGUGUGAUUCUCUUUGCUAUUCAAUGGCCUAUUCAUUCAGAGAUGCCAUAUCUUCAGGUGUUGCACAUUAAAAGGAAAACCUUGGACACAUGCUGCUCCCCUAAGGGCUGGAUGCACAUGUCCCAGACACUGGGAUCAUCUACACCAAGCAGGUUAUUGCACUAUGAAAGAGGUAUGAAAGUGGUAUAUAAAAGGCAGGAGCCACACUACUGCUUUAUAGUGGUAUUGAAGUGCACUGACAACUGUUAGGGCCUAUUGACACAUACCAUAUACCGCUUUCAUACCGCUAUAUCCUGCUUGGUGUGGCUCCUGCCUUUUAUAUACUGCUUUCAUAGUGCAAUAUCCUGCUUGAUGUAGAUGAGCGCACUGUGUAACAGCCCCCUGGCUGUAGCCAGGGUCUGGAUUGUGCAACUGGACAGAGGGAAAUGCUUAAAUUAGGUAGUUGCCAUUUUGUUUUUGUACUUUUUCUCAGUUUAACAACUUCUUACUAUAGAUGCUCUGGAAUAAGUAAUCUUGUAAGAAAGAAGCCCCUAUGGUGGAUUUUAAAGCCUUUUAAAGCAAUUUUUGAUAUGAAAUAUUAGUGACAUUUCCAUAUAAUUAAAAUCAUGAUAGAGAACAAUAUCAGUAGGAGACACCCUCACAGGUGUUUAUGCAAUCUGUCUACUUUGUGCAAAUUAUGGAAGUGGGCUGUUGCCCCUGAAGAUUCUUGCAUAAUAAACCAUUUUGUUUCUAAGGUUCUACUGACUCCUUAAAAGCAAGGCACGAUAUUGUUCCUGCUGAGGCAGUUUGAUAAUCCCAGAGGAAACAGUAUAUGUGAGUACAUGUUCACAGGGUGAAAGGCAUGGUUGUUUCAAAGUGGACUUUUGAGUUUAAAAAGAAACUCACACAUCCAAAGUAAACUAUAUAGAAUAGAUCAGUGUUUGUGAAUAAAAUGUAAUGCAAGCUUGAACUUUAUUACAAAUAAUUCACACACUUCAAAUAAAACGAGGCAUGUAAUCUGGGUUGUGCAUUUUUCUUUUGUACUGGUUGGGCACAGAACUCUAACAUUUAUAAUCUGAAACUACUUCAGACUUGACUAAUGUUCGCAUUUUAUUAAAGCUGGGUUAAAAUAUGUGGUGUUGCAAUUGCAGUAUUACAUGCUUUUGUGUAUAUGUUAACACAACAAGUCUAUUCUGUUUCAAUAUUAAUUCCAGCAGUAAAGCUGUUUAACAGGGCAUUCCUAGGUUUGUCUUCUGAGAAAUAAGUCCUGCUGAGUUCGAUGGGACUUAUUCCCGGGUAAGUGUGUAUAGGAUUGCAGCCUAAGUGUGUUACUGUCAGAGCCUUCAUAGACUUUCAAGUUCUGUUUUUUAAGCUUUCAUAAGUCUGGUGACUACCUCUUGGGUUUUAAGAACUGGCUGUUCUACUUAACUUGCUGAUUAGUUUAUUUUAGAACUCUCUGAGCUCUUUCCCUGGUCUGAAUUUGUAGGGAGAAAUGGCUAACACAGAUUUUGUACCUUAAUGUUUAAUGAUUUUAUACUUUACUAUAUAUGUUGCUAUGAAACAUGGUAAAUUAACUAAACUUCUUGGAAGUAGAAGAGACAGAUGAUUGACUGCCUUUUGGCAAUAGUAACACAUUUUAAUCCUAACUGGGUUUAAUAAAAUUACAACUUCUCCUAUUUUUAUUUUUUUUGUCUUCCUGAAAACUUACUUUGAGGAUUAAUUUAAAUAAUGAAUGAGAUUUUCAGACUAUGUUCUCAGAUAAUGCACAGGCUGUGUACAACCCCAGCUGCUGUUUUGGGCUUCUUAGCCCAGGGCAGCCUUCCCCAACCACUACAACCCCCAUCAGCCUCCACCAGCAUGAGAAUUUUGUGUUCAACACAUGUAUGUGCAUGUUUCUUGCCCUACUGGACUGUAACAAGUGUCUCUGAAGACAACACCUCACUCACUGAGAGUCAAUGGGUGUGGUAAAACUGGAAGUCUAUAGACAGCAAUUUUUGUAGUAAUUGUUUGCAAAUGAAUUUGUGGUUGACUACUUGGUAUAGCACUAGUUUUUAACUUGAACUACCUCCUUUGAGUAAUACAAUUCAGAAGUUUGAUCACCAGCAAUUGAAUUCAGAAUCCCCAACCUUCUUGUUUUAGUCAACAAAUGAUAAAAGUUGAUAAAUUGAAUCAUUCUUGAAUUUAUUCUGAAUUUUUAAGGUGAAUAAUUAUUUAACUAUGAUUUUUGUGUCUUUUUCUUUCACAUUAUGUGGAAUAUUUAACCCAAGUGGUGCUUAACAAUUUGUUCCCUGUAUUGCUUGCAUGAUUAUUUUCAUUAGAUUCAAAGGCACUUUGUUGGGAUAACAAUUUAUGACUUGACACAAUGGCUAAUUAUGGAAUAUGUUAUUUUAUGUAAUUGAAAAAAAUUGUGAACCCUUUUUAGAAAUUUGGUUUUAGAGCUCUAUGUUAUCAGACUAAAGCAUUCAGUAGAAUUAAUGAAAUGUUUCACUUAAAACAUACUUUUAUCAAUAUGAAGUAAAAGUAUUCAGCUUUUCUCAAGGAAACAUUUGCUUGUCAUCACAUUUGUAAGCAAUACUAAUGUUUUCCUUUAAUAAGGAUAAGCUGUAGGUCUGACUUUAUAUUUUCUGUUAGACUUGUCUGGGUCUAAUCUCUUUAAUAUGUAUAUGUCUACAUCUGUGCAAAGCAAAUGGACAGUAUAGAAAUGGUGAAAAAAAAGAAUUUGCACUAAUUUGUAAACAUGGUUUUAUUCUUUCUUCAAGAAAUAUUCUUUUAUAUUCACAUAAAAAAUUGACACUA